GUAACACAUUCGCCGUAGAACUCCACUAGUUUUGUUUUCUCACUAAAUUAACAUGCAGCCACGCGAUCUUAUGCGUAUUUUUAUAUUAUUCUGCUUGAAGUUUGCAUUUAACUUUUUGAUUCUCUACCGCCAAAAACAGAACGCCGUUCAAGCGGACCAAAAACGGCUUGGAACCCUUGAUAGCGACAAAAGCUGGAGGGUAUAAAACUCGCACAGCUGAGUUUUAUUUUGCACGCGACAUUGAAUUUGACGAUAUGGAAAGAUGCAUUAUUUGCGUGGAUAACUUGAGAAAAUACAAGUGCAGCAAAUGCUCGGCACCCUACUGCUCUGUGGCUUGUUAUAAGGCACACAGUGAAUCGCCCCAAUGCGCGACAAGGGAGUACGAGGUUAAAAAGACUGAAGUUGGCUACCAGGAGGAACCUACGCUUCAUGUGCCCUUCCCCACCGACGACACAGUUCCCGCGGAGAAGCUCCAGCAACUAGAAAACUGCCAGGAACUGCGUAAUUUGCUCCACAAUCCCCACCUGCGUUCUCUGCUCCAGCAGAUUGAUGUGGCCAUCAAUGCCCAGUCGGCUAUGAUGGCCGCCAUGCAGGAGCCACUCUUCGUGGAGUUCGCUAAUGCCUGUCUUCAAGUCGUCGAACCGAUGACGGAUGCGGAGCGCACUGAAUUUGAGUUGUACUCCUGAAUUGAGUUGUACUCCUGAAUUGAGUUGACACACAAACCUUCUUGGGGGGCUUGCAUUGAAGAACACCUGGAAACUCCUCAUUGAUGUCCGCGGGCAAGGAUGAAUCAUCUCCAUACCCAAUUUACAAACUAAUUAUUUGGCUCGGCCAUUUAAAGUUAUAUAUCUCAGGAGCUAGCAUAUCAAAUUGGACGUCAGUCUACAGCUUUGUUCUUUGGCAAUCAUACUCAAUCAAAGUAAAUUGAAACUGUAUCGGAGUUAAAAGUGAUUUUUGGAUGCUCCAUGUGCAGAUUGAAAAGACUAUGUUCCCCUUGCACUUUCCAGGUCAUGGGGAUGGCAUCCUGUAAAGAAAAAUAUUAGAAACGAAAGCUAAUAUUAGUUGUGAAAUACUUAAACCUUAUUAGAGCUGA